GCUCCAAACCCAAACAAAGACGUAAAAGGAUUCUCAUCUUCCACUUCCGGUGGUGUUCGCCCCGCGCUGUUCCGCUGCGAAGAUGCCGAAGUUUUAUUGUGAUUAUUGUGACACGUACCUGACACACGAUUCGCCAUCAGUCAGAAAGACACACUGCAGCGGACGGAAACAUAAAGAAAAUGUGAAAGAUUAUUAUCAGAAAUGGAUGGAGGAGCAGGCUCAGAAUCUCAUUGACAAAACAACGGCCGCUUUCCAGCAGGGUAAAAUCCCACCCACCCCGUUCCCAGGAGCCCCUCCACCUGGCGGAUCUCUGCUACCGCAUCCAAAUAUUAGUACGUUUCAGAGAUCUGAAAUGUUCACUCCCUUUGGCAGUUACAAAGCAUAUGAACAAUUUCUGUGUGUACUCUGACUACAGAAAAAAGCA